AUGACUACCACUGUCGUGACAGGCACUGGACGGCGAUCUUCCAUCAGGCAGCCCGAACUACAGACAUCCCCACUGGCCACCAGUUCGCAGUCGAUGACGAGUCCGAUUGACAAAUUUCCACCGUUCAAGGACGAGCUACACGAGACGACCGCGGAAUCGGCAGACCCUUCCACAGUCAGAUACACACAGAGCGAUCGCUGGGAACCACGCCGGUCCAAUUAUCUACCCCGAGACCUCAAGAAUGGGACUGUCCGAAACUCGAAGCACAGACCGCGGAAAAGCAUCAGCGAGGCGAUUACCACCAUCAGAACACGCAAUGCCAGUGUGAGUGCGAAUGCGCAGGAAUUGGCCGAGGCGCUUCGGGCUCCUGUGUCUUAUCGGAUAAUUGUCCUUUGCCUGAUCUGGUACACCACCUCUGCCCUUACGAACACCUCGUCCAAGUCCAUCUUGAACGCACUCCCCAAACCGAUCACCCUCACCAUUGUACAGUUCGCCUUUGUGCCGACAUGGUGCCUCCUACUGUCGUAUCUCUCGUCCUCCUUCCCCUGGCUCAGAAACAAUGUGCCAGCCCUGAGGAACGGACUUCGCUCCCCUUCUCGGGAUGUCAUUGUCACCGCGUUACCUCUAGCUGUCUUCCAGCUAGCUGGUCACAUUCUUAGUUCGAUGGCUACCUCGAAGAUCCCCGUGUCGCUGGUCCACACGAUCAAGGGGCUGUCGCCACUCUUUACGGUGUUGGCGUACCGGGUUCUGUUCGGCAUUCGAUACGCUCGCGCAACGUACCUGUCGCUUAUUCCUUUGACGUUGGGGGUCAUGCUUGCAUGCUCUACCGGGUUUUCUACAAACUUUUUCGGGAUCUUGUGCGCUCUCGUUGCGGCCUUGGUUUUCGUCUCCCAGAACAUCUUUUCAAAGAAGUUGUUCAACGAGACAGAGAUGCCAGGUGCGGGGCGGCGAAAAUUGGACAAGUUAAACCUACUUUGCUAUUGCUCCGGAUUAGCAUUCAUCCUAACGCUGCCAAUCUGGUUCGUCAGCGAAGGAUAUCCCCUCGUGUCCGAUUUCAUUCAGGACGGGGCGAUAUCUUUGUCCGGCAAGAAGGGCGCCUUAGAUCACGGUGCCCUCUUUCUUGAGUUCUUCUUCAAUGGAUCGGCUCACUUUGCGCAAAACAUCUUGGCAUUUGUCCUCCUCUCCAGAAUAUCGCCCGUAUCCUACUCUGUCGCGUCGCUGGUCAAGCGCGUGUUUGUCAUCGUCGUGGCGAUCGUGUGGUUUGGUAGUUCAACCACCUCGAUACAGGCCUUCGGCAUUGCUCUCACUUUUAUUGGACUCUAUCUCUACGAUCGCAACAGCCAUGAUGAUGUAGCGGACCGCAGGGCCAACGCCGAUCAUUUCCGCGCUACCGAGUCUGUCCUCCCUCUGAAUGCGCGAACUGGCGGCAAAGCCUGGGAUUCAAACGGGUACGCGUUCCCAUCGGCAACGGGGAUGGAACAGCAGUCAUCGAACAGUGUUUCCUUCGCCCAGGCCGACCUGAAGAAGGAAGAUGACGCGCCAGGCCAAGGUCGACCACGAGGUAGUAGUAAUGCCCGAGCAUGGCUGCCCCCUGGUACGAAGCAAGAGACCACAUGGCAACCCAGUGACACUUAG